UCAAAAACAAUCAGGUGGUCACGUGACCUGAGCCUCCUUCGGGCUACUUCCUUGAAGACGUCUGAUUGGUCCAAUCAGCCGGGUAGGCGGGGCCUCGGCCAGCACACAUGAGUUGUCAAACAGGUUUGCGUUGUCGCGCUGGUAAACGCUCGUUUCGGACACGUUCAUGCCGGAGGAUCAGCGUCUCCAGUCGGCUUGUGUUCAGCAGGGACCCCCGGAACCCGCGGCUCCGCUCUUCACCGCUCAGGAAGUCCAAAUGUCAGGCUGCUAAAGGUCAGCUGAGGUCACCCCUCCUAGUCAUGGCAGGAUGAUGAUCACCUGGCCUCUACAGGAAGCCACAAAGUGAAAACAGGAAGCUUCAGUCAUGCCAAUGGAGGCGCUCCAACAUCCCUCAAGGCAGCCGCUGAAAGCUGCCGUUGGAGUUUCUCCUCCACGCCUGCGACCGAAGGGUCCGCUGGGUCCAGACUUCUAUAGACGGGUCCAGUCGGGCGCCAGCACCCCGAGGCAGAGCGCCGUGGAGAGACUGGAGGCGGACAAGGCCAAAUAUGUAAAGAGUCAGGUGGCUCUGUCCAAGAAGCAGCCGGUCCGGGCGCCGGAGCUGAAGAAGCCUCUGCUGAAGCCCGGCACUCCGCUGCGGCCCACCAGGAAGACCCCGACCCAACCCGGCCCCAAACCAGAGGGGGUCCAGCUGGACCUGGAGCGCCUGAGCAGCCUCAUUAAUGAUCUGCCCAAUGGACCCCAGUGCGCCGCCAAACCUCCAGCGCCGCAGGUGAAGCCGCGGCCGCCUCCGCGCCCUGACUGGGCCGCAGCCACUACAGCGAGGCUAAAAGCGGCCACCCCUGCCACAGUGGAUGGUCCGGUUUGUCCCGGGGCGCAGGCUGCUGGGACGGUACGCAGAGUGGACGUAAUGCCCCAGGCAGGUCCGGUGCGGCCGGGCUCCAGACCGCCGCAGUACCUGCGGCAGCCGCUCCAGCCGGUCCCACUUCAUUCCCAGCUUCCUCUGCGUCCAAUCACAUCCCGCCCUGGGCUCUGCUUCCAGAAAACGGCGGCACCUGUUGCUCCCAAAACUGAACCAUCGGCACCGGCGUCCCCUGCCAUCACCAGGCUGUCCUCCUCCAGCUCCAGAAAGCGACCUUCUCUGACCCGGUCCAAGUCGGACAUGAGCGACCGGUUCUCCCGGGCCGGCACGGAGCUGGAGCGCUUCUUCAACCUGUGCGGCCUGGAGCCGGUCGACCUGCAGGACCUGCCGGCCUCCAGCUCGGACAUCGUGUCGCUCGCCCGUUUCCGGAGCGUCAGCGCUCCCGGGUCCGAGUGCGGCGCCUCCCAGAGAGGCGACGAGGAAGAGGAGGAGGAGGAAGAGGAGGCCCAGAAGGUGGCGGAUCGGGUUCCUUACGGCGUUUCUGUCAUUGAGAAGAACGCCAGAGUGAUCAAGUGGCUGUACGGCCUGCGGCAGGCCAAGGAGAACACAACGAAGAGCACAAACCUGUAGCCCAACACAGAUCACGACAUUCGAACAGAUGGGAGAAAAAAUCCGAUUUUCCCCAAAAAUCUGAGAAGUUUUCUGGGGGAAAAAAGUGUAUAAGCUCCAAAAGUUGAACUUUUGUGAGAAAAAACUCAAGACAUUUUGAGAUUUAUCUCAAGUUUUCUAGAAAAAGAUGUGGAAAGGAGGAAGAUUUUUGACUUUUGAAAUUCAAAAUAUUUCCAAAAGUGAAAUUAACUUUUAGAAAUUGAAAGUCUACAAAUUUCUAAAGGUAAAAAAAUUGACUUUUGAAACUCAGAGAAAAAAGAAAAAAAAUUGAAAUUAGAAUAAUUUCAAAAUUUGAGUAUUUUCCUGGCAGAUUUUCAAUUUAUGGAGCUCAGAAAUUUCUGUUUUGUUAGCUGGUUUUUUUUCUUGUUUUUUUUUUUCAGGAAUUUGAGACUAAUGUCCAAUUUUCAGAUUCUUUUUGGCUCAAUUUAAUUAAUUCAUUCAUGGAAUAAGAACAGGGUUUGGGUCACUUUCUUUGAAAAUGUUCACUAUAUUUAGCCAAGUUUUUAUACAUUUGAUGAAAGCUGGAACGAAGUCGGCUUUGCACUGGUAGAAGUUUCUGCGACUUACAAAAAUGUGUUUAUGAAAAGAUAAGUACUUUGUGUUAUAUUUAACACUUCUCAUCGUAAGGAAAUUAUGUCGGUUAUAAAUUGAACCGUAUUACAAGUAAAAAGUGUUCAUCUGCUUCAGGCCUCGGAGCUGGACUGGACAAAUAUGUAUUGUUUUUGAACUGCAAUUGUGGGGACCGCACAAAAUCAGUUUGAGGGCCACAAAUGGCCCCCGAACCACACUUUGGACACCCCCGAUUUGACCUAAAAUUGAAUGAUUUCUGCACUGUUUGAGACUAAAUGUAAAAUCGCCUGAAAGAUGAUUAAAAACACUGCAAAUACACAGAAACAAAAGCAUUUUGUUCUAGUUUCUAAUGCAAAUAUAUUUGAAAUGAGACAAAACUAAGUUACUAUUUAGUUUUGUCUUAAUUUAAAUCUACGAAGACAUUUGUAUUUGAAACAAAACCAAACAUGCUUGGUAAGAUUCUGUUUUUGCAGUGAAUGAAGAAUUGUGAUUAAGAAAGUUGGUGACACUAUUUUUUUUCUUUGUGAAAACAACGCGGUUGUUUUUCUCUUCUUGCUGUUGGAGCCAUCAGACGUCGUCCUUAAUGGGUCACAACCUGCUGGAAACAAAACGCUGCAAUAAAAAAAUGUUGAAUCAGAA